AUCGUAUCGUAUCGAUUCUCGCAUUCCUAAUUGCGUGAAUAUUUUCUAUUUCUGUAAUUUUCACAGUAUAAUUCACUUUUUUUAAUAUUAUAACUGUAUGUGUAUAAAGGGAAUUUUAAGUUUACAAGCAUUUAAAAUAAGCAGUUGGUUUACUUUUAUUAAUUUUGUAUGAGCUGGGACACUACAACGGCUAUCUUAUUAAGCGAAGUGCAGUAGCGUAUUUGUUCUGGCUGAAAUCAAAUAACGUCAGUAGAAAUUCAGAGAUUAUCACAAAGCAGUCCGUUGCUUCGAAAUUUUUGGAGGCAUGUCGUCUGGAGGAGCAGGGUCCUCGGCAACUGGCGCACCAGCCAACGACUUUUUUGGCUGGGAUUUGCUAUACAAGACAAUUGAAAAAAAUGUCGCGAAGAAAUCCGAUGUGUUGGUAGCAUUAGUACACUUCUUGCUUGUGAAACAAUACAAGAUGCAAUGUGUUGGCAUUGGUGAGGAUAAAACUAUAUCGCCUGAGGAUGUUGGUUCUGAAUUAUUACCCGACGGUUGGAACGAAAGGGGCAUUAGAUAUGCUUUGCGUUAUUUGCACAAUGGUCGAUUGUAUCUUUUAAUAGGACACAAUACAGAAGAUUUUACAACUUUCAAUUUGCUUGAUGUAAAAGACAACAAGGUGACCAAUAUAACUUUAAGCCCCCAGGAAUGGGUUAAACAACUCAAAGGACCGCUAAACACACUGAUGCCUGAGGCGUCGCUGAUAUUAAAUCGUUACCGUAAAGAAUUCAUUGAUCCGGUGUUCACAGGCAAUACGCGGGAAGUUACUACACAAACAAGUGUAAAUCAGGAUUCACGUUCCUCAAAUUUCCGAGACCCACUUACAAUUGGCGGACCAAUGAGACCAAUGGCUUCUUUUCCCAUGGAGCCGCGCCCUUUUGGGUUUCCAGACGUUGGACGCGGGGACUUAGAUCCUUUGGGUCGUGGUGGCCCUGGUAAUCUCUUUCCGAUGCCUUCGCGACCCAGUUUUAAUUCCGGUUUAAAUCCGCGAUUCGAUCCCGUUGGACCAAACGGACAUAUUGUGCGAGCAGAUCCGAAUCCAGAUCAUCUAGCACCUCCAAAUUUUGGCUUUGAUUAUUAUAUGUAAAACGAAAGAGAAAGAUGGAGAGAAAAGAAAACAUUAAUACAUUUAUGAUUUAGUUGGAUAAUAAUUAUAAUGACUGCUCCACGGCUAUUUGAUCGCUGGUUAGACUCAUUUACUUGGUAGACGCAAAUUAUAAUUAAAACUCGUUUUUAUCUGGAUUACAUAAAGGAGAUGGAAGGAAAUGGCGAUAACAAGUGUUUUCAACGUUUCUAACUGAUACACAGACUGAUAGUAAGAAUUAACUUCAUUUUAAACGUUGCUAGAGUGAGUCUUAAUCAUCGAUUAAAUUGUCCAAUAUCAAUGUAGAAAAAACUAAAAUUUUGCGUUGGAAGGCCUUAUAAGGCUUUAGUGUUACCUUUCCGAGAGCAAAUUCGGUUUAUUAUUUGAAAUUAAUCGCAGAAAUCGAAGAAAUAAAUUCUAUUUAUUAUUCAAUAAAAUAGCUUGGUUUAAAAACAA